ACAGACACGUAAGAUGCGAGUUAAUUGAUAUUAAGUGAAACAUCUGUGCAAAGUGGUUGUGUUUCAUACAGGAUUGCUUAGCAAAAUGGAGAUGAACAACCGUAACUGUACACAAACUCAAGUGGAAACAGAAGGACAAAGCAUAAAGCCUCCGCCACAACCACCGCCAGAAGGAAACAUCCAGAAGAAGUUUGUUCAUUACUCAGAGAAGGAACCGUACGAUUUCGUAGCUGAACGAUGCGUACCGAAGCCUACCAAUGUUCUAGAAUCCAUUGGCCAUCUCAUAAAAGGUUGCCUUGGAGGUGGGAUCCUGGGCAUACACGAGGCGUACAUGAAGGGCGGUUUGUGGACCUCUUUAAUAUUGACUAUCGUCUUUGGAUUCUACAUCACAUAUUGUGUGUAUAUUCUAGUAAAGUCAGCACAAGUGCUAUACAAAAGGCUACACUUAACAGAGAUGUCGUAUCCAGACGUCGCUGAAGCCUCGUUGGAAAUUGGACCAUUCCCUAGUUUAAAGAAAUACAGCAAAUUGUUUAGAUAUGCUGUUGAUUUAAUAAUAUGCAUUGACCUAUUCGGAGCCUGUUGCGUCUACCAAAUCAUUAUAGCGAAAACCAUCAAGCAGGUCAUAGAAGAUGCAUAUGGAAUGACUCCUGGAGAUUUGGAUCAGUUAAGACUUUAUAUUUUAGCACUACUGGUUCCAGUCUUACUAUUAUGCAUGAUCACAACGUUGAAGUAUUUGGCACCAUUUACUUUGAUAGCUGAUGUAUUUAUUGUGGCUUGCGUAGUUGCAACUGUAAUAUACUCUAUGGAGGUUGCACCGCCCCUAUCUGAAGUACCGUCUUGGAAGGAUGGUUUCGGAUUCUUCGAGUUUUGUGGUAUAGCGAUAUUCAGUAUGGAAGGUAUAGGUGUUUCGCUCCCAAUUGAAAACAACAUGAAAGACCCCAUGAAAUUUCCACUUGUGCUUUGUAUUGGUAUGACUAUCGUAGUAUCUUUUCUAAUACUUGUAGGAUUCUUUGGAUAUUGGGGUUUUGGAGAGAGCAGCAUAUCUCCUGUUACGUUGAAUUUUCCCACAGAAACAUUUCCUACUGUCUUGAAAUGCCUAAUGGCUGUAAUGAUCUUCGUGACAUUCGCUCUCAAUUUCUGGGCUCCAUUCAACUUGGUUUGGCACUAUAUGUCCAAAAAACAUAAUCCUGCAAAAUACUGGAUAUGGGAGAGGGUCUACCGAGCCACGUUCAUCAUUGUCAUCACCAGUAUCGCCAUUGCAUUCCCCAAUAUUGGCAAUUUAAUGGGACUGCUGGGUGCGUUCUGUCUAUCCAAUAUGGGCUUCAUAUUUCCCGCCAUCAUCGAAGUCCUCGUUAUAUGGGAAAGUCCAGGAUUGGGAAGGUUCAAAUGGCGACUGUACAAGAAUAUUUUAGUCAUGAUAAUAGGCGUUUUAUUAUUUAUAGCUGGUACUUAUUCUAAUCUUAAAGGAUUAGUGAGCAAUAUAUAAUAAAUUAAAAAAAAAAGUUUUACCGUUUUUGUUAUUAACACUUCCCUAAGAUUGAUUAAAAUUUAUUUAAAAAAUU